GAAGCAAAAAGGGACAAAUUUGAUAUCCUAUGUGUCCAGGAGACACACUUUUUUACAAACAGAAUUCCCACAUUUGGCUUAAGGGAGUAUCCGACCCAAUAUCCCGUCACUCAUUCAUCUAAAACCAGGGGGGUCUCCUUCCUUAUUCAUAACUCACUAUCAUUUGAGCCCUUACAGAUCAAGAAAAAUGCCCAGGGCAGAUUCCUCAUAUUUCACUGCAUGAUUAAUGAAGCAGAAUACACCAUGGUCGGGUUCUAUGGACCUAAUGACCACCAGAGGAAAUUCCUCCACAGGCUCCUCAACAAAAUCCCAAUAGUGCCAUCUAGUUCACUAAUCCUGUGCGGGGACCUGAACCAUGUCUUGGAUUCUCAUAUGGACACUACCCUACCAGAGUCCUCCCCCAGACACUCAAUACAAAU